AUGGCCGCAUGUAACACGGAAACCGGGUUUGAUAAGGAAUCUUCGCCACCGGAUCGUGUGUUAAGUUUUUACACCAACUCCACCAUUUUUGUCACGGGUGGCACAGGGUUUCUCGGCAAGGUUUUGCUCGAAAAGAUCCUUCGCUGUUUGAACGUGCGGAAAGUGUUUCUAGCCAUUCGGUCCAAGGAUGGACGCAACCCAAACGAACGGUUGCAGGAUCUGCUUAAAGAUGUGAUAUUUGAUAGGUUGCGGAUGACGCACUCCAUUGAACAGCUGCUCGAACGUAUCGAAGCGGUAGAGAUUUCACUCGCAUCGGACAGUGGCGAAGGAUUAAUGUUGAACAGUACGAUCGAAGCUCGGUUGUUACAGGAAACGGAGCUGAUAAUCAAUGUGCUUGCGUCAGUCAAGUUCAACGAAAGUAUAAAAAAUGCCAUUGGUACGAAUGUAGGUGGUACGAGACGGAUACUGCAGCUGGCACGGCGUAUGCAGCGACUGAAGUCUAUUGUGCACGUGUCUACGCUUUAUUCGAACUGUGAUCGAACACACAUUGAGGAAAGGGUUUAUGGCGAUCCAUUACUAAAGCCCGACAGUGUGCUUCAGCUUUCGAAUACAUUAUCCGCGGACGAGAUGAGCCAGUUACAGCAUUGUCUGCUCGGUGAUCUACCCAACACGUACACGUUCAGCAAAAAGUGUGCCGAAUCACUAAUCCAGCAAGAAUUUUCCGACCUUCCGAUUGGCAUCUUCCGACCACCGAUAGUGCUUUCAACGUACCGGGAACCGAUCGCUGGCUGGACGGAUAAUCUGAACGGCCCGGCUGGUCUGUGCCUGUGGACGGUAAAGGGCUACGUGCGUGUAAUUCGUGGAAAUGGGCGCAAAAAAGCCAACCUAGUUCCGGUAGAUUACUGCGUGAACGCGCUGCUGGUGGCGUGCUUUGAUGUGGCCGAACGAUCGAUAGGUCGACGGCAGCAGCAACACCCGGAACCGUUAGCGUCCGUGAAGGCUUGGGAAUCGCAGCAAAUGGUCCCGGUGUACAACUACAUGUACGAGCAGGCGAACCUUACCUGGGGACGCUACAUGAGCUCGGUAUCGAUAGGAUUCGACGGAUGGAUCAAGCGUCUGUGCUGGCACCAUGCGUACGCGAUUGUAUCGAACAGGGCACUGUUUCGAGUGCUGUCCCUCUGCUGCCACACAGUUCCGGCCUGGCUGCUCGAUUUCGUACGCCGUCUGCAAGGAAAACGUCCACUCUACCGGCGAAUGAUAUCCAAGACGAACCGAUUCCUAGAAACGAUGGCAUACUUUGGACUGCGUGAGUGGCACAUUGCAAACGAAAACGUGGUCCGUUUGCGGACGCUACUUACGCCCACCGAAGCGUCAAUGCUCGAAUUCGAUUUGUCCACCGUCGACUGGGACGAGUACUUCCAGUCGUACAUUCCCGGCAUACGGCGCUACUUCCUUGCCGAGCCCGGGCUCAAGGAACGGACGGCCGAUAAAUCGCGGACAAAAAGCAUCGAAUGGCAUCGAAGGGUACAGUUUCUUUAUCAACUGGCGUGCAAGCUGAUAUGGGUUUACGUCUGCCUUAAGCUGGGCCACCGGCUGUACGUGGUACGCAAUUUAUUUUCGAUUUUGAUCUCUUAAAGAUUUGUCACA